CUGGCCACCCGCGCGUUUGGCAGCUGCGAUUGCUGGUUUCCCUAUCGUCAUCCACCAUACCUGGAGACUCGUCGUCCAGCAUGUCCUCGGACAAAAUCACCCGUAUUGCGAUUGUCGACGCGAAUCGCUGCAAGCCUAAGCGAUGUGCACAGGAGUGCAAGAAGUCAUGUCCCGUCGUAAAAAUGGGCAAGCUAUGUAUAGAGGUCAAACCCACCGACAAAAUCGCCUUCAUCUCCGAGUUUCUUUGCAUAGGUUGUGGUAUUUGCGUAAAGAAGUACUUACACAUCGGUACACCGCAAAUGCAUUCAAGCUACAUCGUCUGCCUACGCCACGACCAGGUCAGGUGCUUGGACUCGUCGGCACUAAUGGUAUUGGGAAGAGUACUGCAUUGAAGAUACUCGCGGGCAAGUUGAAGCCGAAUCUCGGUCGCUACGACGACCCGCCAGAUUGGCAGGAAAUAUUGAAGUAUUUCCGCGGUUCCGAGCUGCAGAACUACUUCACAAAGGUGUUAGAGGACAACCUGAAGGCGCUUAUCAAGCCGCAAUAUGUGGAUCACAUACCGCGUGCGGUGAAGGGCAAGCUCACCGUGUCCCAGAUGUUGGACACGAAGCUGGAACGGAACAAUAAGCAGAAGAUGUGCGAUGACUUGGAACUGAAUGAGGUGCUGACCCGCGAGAUAUCGCAAUUGUCUGGCGGAGAGCUUCAGAGGUUCGCGAUCGCAAUGUCGUGUAUCCAGAGGGCAGAUGUAUACAUGUUCGACGAGCCGUCAAGUUAUUUGGAUAUCAAGCAGCGUUUGAAGGCGGCAGAGGUCAUCCGCGAGCUUUUGACUCCAGACAACUACGUCAUUGCUGUAGAACACGAUCUGUCCGUGCUCGAUUACCUCUCUGAUUUCAUCUGCUGCUUAUAUGGCAAGCCCUCCGUGUAUGGCGUGGUUACCAUGCCUUAUUCCGUUCGUGAGGGUAUCAACAUUUUCCUGGACGGUUUCAUCCCGACCGAGAAUCUGCGAUUCCGUGAAGAGUCGCUAUCAUUCAAGAUGGUUGAAACAGCGGAAGAAUUGGUCGUCGACAAGACGCGGCAGUACUCCUAUCCGUCCAUGACAAAGACGCUCGGCGGCUUCAAGCUCACCGUGGAGGGCGGCGGGUUUACAGAUUCGGAGAUCAUCGUCAUGCUUGGCGAGAACGGAACGGGCAAGACGACGUUCGUUCGGCUGUUGGCGGGCGAUACGCCGGACGAGGAGACGGACAAGCAGACGCUCGAAGUGUCGCUCAAACCGCAGGCGAUCUCACCGUCGUUCCCGGGAACCGUGCGCAUGCUGCUGCUGAAGCGGAUCAAGGCCGCGUUCAUGCAUCCGCAGUUCAACACGGAUGUGGUGAAGCCGAUGAACCUGGAACCGAUCUUGGACCAGGAAGUAAAAACUCUAUCUGGAGGAGAGCUUCAACGUGUUGCUAUUGUGCUUUCAUUAGGCAAGCCCGCCUCUGUGUACCUGAUUGACGAACCUAGCUCCUUCUUGGAUUCCGAACAGCGUAUCAUCGCGAGUAAGGUCAUCAAGAGGUUCAUACUCCAUGCCAAGAAAACGGCAUUCGUUAUCGAACACGACUUCAUCAUGGCUACCUACCUGGCCGAUCGUGUCAUCGUGUUCGGGGGGAAGCCUGCUAUUGCAGCAACGGCGACACCACCUCAGUCGUUAUUGACCGGCAUGAAUAAGUUCCUGGCGUCGCUCGAGAUCACAUUCCGGCGAGACCCGACAAACUAUCGGCCACGUGUGAACAAGCUGAAUAGUGUCAAAGACAGGGAACAGAAGGCGGCCGGAAACUACUUCUUCCUCGAGGAAUAAGUUAUCCUGCGGGAUCUCUGAAUAAAUGGACUUGGGUCGCCGAGGUGUAAACCAGUCGCUGUAGUCUAGAUGGAUUGUUGUUUCUCGUGGCAGUCGCAGGGAAGUGCUCGUCGGACUUUCCUGAGGGCCUGGACUCGCGGCUGGAGUUGGGGGCGGAACGCUGAAAUGAUGUUCGUGGCUGGAAGCAGAAAGCGAUGUGAAGGUAGAACGAGGAGU